UUCACUUAGUGCACCAGCACACACAGCCUCUGCCUGCAGAGUCCAUUUCCUUGGCUCUGACAAACUUGCAGACAACAUCUAGAGUGAAGAGUAGUGUUCUUUUUUUUUUUUUUUAAUUUACAAAUAAGCAACUUCAAUGCAAAUGUACCUAUCCCAGAAGGUGCAUUUAUCCUAAGUGGCUCCUGCUGGUUUACACACACCUCAUCCUGACUCUUGCUUAGGAAAGCUGUUCCACUUGAUUGCUCGGUUUGCCUCUUUGAGUCAGUGGUGGCAGGGGAAUUAUAAAGACGACGAAGGUGCAGCCAAGUCCCUCACAGCGCGUGCCAGAUUCAAGCUGAUUUAAGGCUGUACAGCCUGACUCUGGAACUUUCUUCACACAAAGGACAGCUACUUUUGGACAGUUUCUAUUUUAUUUUAUUUUAUUUUAUUUUUUUCAUCUCAGGAAACCUGCUGAGAGGUACACACCUUGCAAAGGCAACAUGAUCAGUGGUGCGUUGCAGAUUGCUGGGCUGCUCCUUGGUGGCCUCGGUAUGAUUGGGACAUUUGCAGUCACGGGCAUGCCUCAGUGGAGGGUGUCUGCCUUCAUCGAGAAUAACAUCAUCGUGUUUGAAACCAUUUGGGAAGGCCUGUGGAUGCACUGCAUCAGGCAAGCCAACAUCAGGAUGCAGUGCAAGGUCUACGACUCCGUGCUGGCCCUCUCGCCAGACCUGCAGGCAUCCAGGGGACUGAUGUGUGCUGGGUCAGUGCUCUCCUUCCUGGCUUUUCUGGUUGCCACUGUUGGAAUGAAGUGUACGCGGUGCUGGCAGAGCGGCUGGCCGACCAAAGGCUAUAUCCUCUUGGCAGCUGGGCUCCUCUUCAUCCUCUCGGGUACCACUGUGCUUGUUCCAAUCUGCUGGGUUGCCAAUACCAUCAUCAAGGAUUUCUACAACCCCGUGGUCAAUGUGGCACAGAAGAGGGAGCUUGGUGAGGCCCUCUACCUAGGCUGGGUGGCUGCUUUCUGCCUGUUGGCUGCUGGAGCCAUAUUCUGCUGCUUCUGUCGCUGCUGUGAGAAAACUGGGAGCUACAACUACUCUGUGCCUCCUCACCACCUGCCGCUCAACCAACACUUGCAUGGGACCACCGAAAGUGCCUACUCUAAGAGUCAGUACGUCUAGAUGCCUCCAGACUUUUCCUUGUUAUUACUUUUCUUUGAACAUUUUUUUUUAAGCAUUCAAUGCAUCUGGAUGGAUUUCAAUGAAAGCUGCCUUUGCCUCCUGUUCUGUAAAUGCUGCUGUGGUCGAUGCAUUUUGGAGAAACCCCCAGUGGUCUCUGCUCCGGCAUGGGACAGUUGUACCAUAUGGGAAGGUGACUGUUUAAUGCUAUCUCAUAUUCAUUUGGAAUAGCUUUGGGGUUGUGUGGUUUUGCUUUGGGUUGCAUUUUAUGUGUAAAAUAAAAAUGAAAGUUCCAUGGUGAUAUGAAAUACUGCCCUAAUGCAAAGAAAAGGGGAGCUGAGCAGAUAAUUCCACUUUUUUUCUUUCCUGGGAAAGAUGGGAUAACAGUGAAUAAGGACAAGAUAACAAUGGUUUAAAAGAAAAGUGUUCGCUAACAGAUUGAUUUACUGUGGGUUUGAUGGAGAGUUUCAUGAGGAAUUUAUUUAUCAGAGGAAGGUAAGCUGAAAUCCAUGAAAAAUACCCCUUAUUUCAGAGAACGAAUAUAGCCCUAUAUUCAUUCUAAAUACCAUCAUUUUGGUGAAAGUUACUAUUUCUUUUGUAAUCCAUAAAGGUUGAACUCAUUCACAUCCUUCUCUUUAGAAGUGACAGUUUUCCCUUGCAAACUCCAUGUAACUCACAACAUUUUGCAAUAUUGCACAGGUCACAAGCACUGUGUUGGCUAGCUGCCACAGGAUGCUAUGAAAUAUAUGCCUUUAAAAAAUGAUCUUUUGGUUAGUCAAACCCAUAUUUUUGCUGAGAUCCACUUGUACCAGCAUGGUUUAUAGGCAAAAGAGCAUAAAAAGUGAUAAUAUUUUCUCAAAGUUGACACCAGAACAAGCUCAACAAUAUUUUUAAUAACAAGAUCAUGUACCCAUGAUAAAAAACAAUGUAAUGAAAUUAAAUCUACAGAAAAAUAAAUGUAGUUCCAUACAAAUUAAUUUAAUAAAUGACCCAAAUUAAUCAAUAGUGAUAAUAUUUUUAAUAGAAUCUUGUAACCCCAGGCCCAUGGAAAUUAAUAGCAUUUUGCCUUUGACUUUACUGAUGACACAAUUCAAUUUGUGGUGUUUAAUGAGAACAACAUUUUGCUCUCAAGUGUGAUUGACUAUUUUAAAUAUUUUGUAGAAAGUUUAUGAUGUGAUCUGUAAUUCUCUAGUAAAUUCCUUAGACUAUUACUACUUGAAAAUUCAGACUCAAAUUCUUCACUUCAUAAAAUGCAACUCUGAGCAAGCUAGAAAAAAUAAUCUGCACGCUACUCUAAAACUGUCUUUUUGUAGUGUUUAUAAGAUGCAUAUUAAGCUAUUCAGGGGAAAUUCAAGUUCGAUAUUAGGAACAAUUUCUUCUCAGCAAGAGCAGUGCUGCAGUGGCACAGGCUGCCCAGGGAGGUGGUGCAGUCACCGUCCCUGAGGUGUUCAGGAGCCGUGUGGAUGUGGCACUGAGGGA